UUGAGAUUUGGAAGGCGGUUAAAAAUAGGUUAUACAACAAACAUUACGAAAAGAGAACAGACGAAAAUAUUUACAAACCAAAUAUAAAACACAAAAUUUAAAGAAAAUCAGGCGGAACCAACACUCAAUUCAGUAUAAUCGUGGAGGAGAUAGAAAUCGUAAAAUUGAAACUGCAUAUCCCUUAGAUCUGAUUACUCGAACUGAUCUAACCCACUUAAUUAUGGAAUUAAAUUUUAUGAUCCUACGGUCAUUAACAUUCAUUAUCGCUAAAGAAGCCAUGGUGUUGCCAUCUGCGAUAUUAGUUUUAUUAAUUAGUUCUUCAACCUUAAUUGUUACUGCAGUUACACACAAUAUACUGAGAAUAGCGGGUGGAGAAAAUACUACAAUAUAUAAAUACCCCCAUUCUCUAUUUCUCAAAUUGGAUUGCGGUGUAUAUCCAAGAUGUGGUGGAUCAGUUUUAACACAAGAUAUUCUUUUGACUGCUGCUACAUGUUUUGUCAAUUGCAAGGAGCCUUUGAAUACAAAAGUUAUGGAAGUAUCAAUGGGAGAUGAUUAUGAAGAAUUCGGACAAAUACGGAAAAUUGUAGAUUUUGUUGUGCAUGAAAAACAUACUGGUGCUAAGCUUGCAAAUGACAUUGCUUUAGGGAAAGUAGAUAUACCAAUGAGGUUAGGAGAUAAUGUUCGAAGGAUAAUUUUAAUGAAGUCACCGCCUUAUGAACCUGCUUUUGUAGCCGGCUGGGGCUCAAUAAGCGCUUACGAAGAACCCAGCAAAUACCUGAAACAUAUGCCCCAACAUUUUGUGAACAUCGACGAAUGUCAUAAAGCAUUUGGCCCCAAUCGCAUUGCUGAUGGAACCUUCUGUAUGGAAAACGAAAACAGUCGGCCAUUUGAAGGUGACAGCGGCGCAGCUCUUGUAGUAAACGACUAUAUUCAGAUUGGCAUUGUCUCCUGGGGCGACAUGAAAAAAUCAUACGGCAAGAUAAUCUACACGAACAUCAGUUACCACUUUGAUUGGAUAAGUGAUAAUGCUAAAAAGUUGUAUUGUAAAAGAUUUUAG